UGCUUUUUUACUUUUUGUGUUUAAUUAUUAAAGUUUUUGACGAUUUCCGCGUGUAAAAAUUGGUGCAUUUGUGUCCCAUAAAUUGAUAUCUUCUCAAAAACUUCCAGAUGGGGGAUAAAAAAUACAGACAAAGCAAAGCAGAUAUUGCUAAACAAUUCGAUCUCCCAGAACGACAGUCUAAAAUAACAACUUUACUGAAUCAAGCGGGCCAAGCUUAUUGUAUUUGCCGUUCGUCAGAUAGUUCCCGGUUCAUGAUAGCAUGUGACGCAUGUGAGGAGUGGUAUCACGGAGAUUGUAUCAAUAUAUCUGAGAGGGAGGCAAAAUAUAUCAAAACAUACUUCUGUGACAGAUGCCGUGAAGAAGAUCCUACACUAAAAACCAGAUUUAGGCCUCAGAAAAGAGAGAAUGAUGGGGAUUCUGGCAGGGAUGACCGGAAAAAGAAGAAAGAGAAAGAUCAUACUGAAAGCAAAUCAACUAAAAGAUCCACUAAAGACGGUUGCGGAGAUUGUUCUGGUUGUUUACAGCUACAUGAUUGUGGACAUUGUGAAGCUUGUGAAGACAUAUACAAGUAUGGGCUGAGUAACAAAUCCAAGCUGAAGUGUAAGGAACGCAUAUGCAUUAAAUCCAAGAAAGCUCCCAGAGUGUCCAAUUACCCAAGUAGCAGGACAAAGAAGAAGCAUCAUGAGAGAGAGGUGUAUGAGCCCGAGGAGUCUAUAUCACACUUGCAGACCGCCGAGCCCAGGCAGUGCUACGGACCUCAAUGUCAGAGGGCAGCUCAGUACGGAUCUAAAUACUGCUCUUCGGAAUGCGGAAUAAGACUUGCAACAGCUAGAAUAUAUCAGGUGUUACCUCAACGUAUCCAGGAGUGGUCUCUAUCUAGUUGCGUGGCGGAGCAGCACAACCGGAAAGCGCUGGAGGGGGUCCGCAGUGGCAUAGCUAAGGCGCAGGCCGCCCUGCGCUCGCUCGACCAACAGCACGCUGAGUUAGAUGCCAUCGUGGCACGUGCUAAGGGCGCCAGGCCUAUACCGCCUGAUGAUAAGGAGGCAGACGAUGAAACAUCAAUGUACUGUGUGACAUGCGGUCACGAGAUCCACACGAGGACCGCCGUGAAACACAUGGAGAAGUGUUUCAUCAAGUACGAGGCACAGGCGUCCUUCGGCAGCAGGCACAGGACGCGGAUAGACGGCCAGAGCAUGUUUUGUGACUAUUACAAUCCGAUUAAUGGGACAUACUGUAAGAGAUUGAGGGUGAUGUGUCCGGAGCACUUCAAGGAUCCAAAAGUGAGUGAUACGGACGUGUGCGGGUGUCCGGUAGUGAGGAACGUGUUCGAGCCGACGGGGGAGUUCUGUAGAGCUCCCAAGAAGUCCUGCCUCAAGCACUACCAGUGGGAGAAGCUGCGGAGGGCCGAGAUAGACAUGGAGAGAGUCCGCCAGUGGCUGCGGCUGGAUGAGCUGGUGGAACAGGAGCGGAGUAUACGACUCGCUAUGGCCUCACGUGCUGGCGUGCUCGGCCUGAUGUUACAUUCCACGUACAACCACGAGGUCAUGGAGCGUAUCACCAAAGUGAACGAGAACGGGAAACUCAACGAGGGCUCAUGACACGAAGCCAA